CCGCUUUCACUGGUUGGCUAACCACUCGCAUGCAUACCGAUCUUUUCGAUUUGGCGUACCUCCACUUUGCAUUUAAUCAGUCGGUGACAAUGGACUUAUCGAGGCGCGGGUUAUGCUACCUAUAGAAUCAAAUGUCGAGCCGAGCGCUGAGCAUGCAUUGUCUGUCAACUCGUUCAAUAUGCAAACUACCCCACACCGGUAAACUGAAUCGUUUCUGAACAAAACAAGACAAAACCAUUUUGCACAUCGUUUCUCCUCAGUAUCUUGUAUCUCGUUGGAGACGGAUGAUAUACCUUCGGUUUAUACGUGAUUUUCUGAUCAGCUAUCUGAAGACAGGGAUUUAUAUUUUGUGAAUUUGGCUCCAAAUUUUGGUGCAAUGGCGUUUUGGAAGAGAAGGAGCCAGAGUUUUGAACCGGUGUCACCACAGAGCCGUUACACUGUGACUUAUCUUGGAUAUGAGGAAAUGCAGGGUAAAGUUGGCCUUGAUAAUACCCUUAAACCGGUAGAUGAUAUGUAUCGUCAAUACAAGUCACAUAAAUCGAAAACUGUGAGCAAGAUGCAGAUUGAAGUGAUAAAUAACGGCAUCAAAGUUGAGCCCCUGGAUGCCGGAGUCAAAACCAUGUUUGCAAAUUCCCCAUACUUCGUUGGAGAGGGUCCUUUCGGCAGUGUUUUCUUCCCGAUCAACAAGCUCUCGUUUGGUGCUGCAGAUCCCUACCACAAUAAGAUCUUCUGCUUCGUUUCACGUAACGAGAACCCUGCUGAUGAUCACUUUUGGGAUUGCCAUGCGGUCUUCUGUGAAUCGUCCGCCAUGGCCAAGAACCUAACCCUGAAUUUGGUCAAGGCUUUUCAGAAAAUAAACUCUGGCAAAGAAGACCCUUUGGUGUUGGCUCAGAAAAGCCAGAAGCCAACAACAGUGCACAUUUUACGCGAGAGAGGUACGUCUGAGCACCAACUUCAAGCCAGGAGAAAAAAGAGACCCCCUGUAUCAACGGUUAGUGUGACCCUUAACGUUGGUGAAAAAACGGACUUAGGAGAUAAGGAUACAAGUAAUUGUAACAGAGCAGUUGCUGAUAUCAUUGCUCAACGUGCUAAAAUGGAACUUGGUACUGGUGACAGUGAUGUAUCCAACGGAAAUAGUGUUUCAAAAGGAGUCGGGACGAGUAGUUCCGACAAGGAGAAUGAUCUCAUGGAAGGCAUCCUCAGUGAUGAAGACAUGACACGAAGCAAUAGUCUUAGAGAGGUGGAGGUAACCGUGGCACUUAAUCCUGACUUGAAUUCUCCACUAGAGUCGCCUCAGAAGUCUACAUCUCCACGUGGUGAUCGUAUCAGCAGCGGCGAAGAGGAUGAUGCGGUGUUUACUCUCGAUCCUCGCUCCGGAGAAAUGUCACCCAAAGAAAUGAUCACGACAAUGAGCCCCCCUGACACACCUAGCUAUCUUUCAAAAGAAGGAAAGUUACCGUCACCAACCCUAUCGUACACGCCAACUAAAUCCUCUUCACCAAGUCAACAGAGAAAUUCUGGCAAGGUUAAAGCGCCCUCAUCCCCUCAAGCGUCAGUGAUUCCUGGCAACAUAUCUCCAAGAAAAUUGAACAGUAGCGAAAUAAGCAAGAGAACUAAGGCCCCAUCCCCUCCAAAAUCUACUACACCAGAUUCCCCUCGACAACUGAACACUGUUCAAGGUGAUAACAGCAGGCAGCAAGUAACACCAAAAUCAACCACCUUUCAGAAAAUAAAGAGUACGUCCCCAACAGAAAACUUACGCCGGAACACUCCAUCUCCUAUUUCACCAAAGACAUCACCUAACCCUCUUCCUGGAUCUCCAAGGAGUGUCCCAUCUCCUGCUUCGACACCUCCGCUCAAAGCUAGUCCUCCCAAAAAGGAGAAUGAGGGCUCAGGAAUCACAACUCCCGAGGUAACCCUGAGAAGGCGAUCACCACAAUCAACGUUGACGUCGGGCGCCAGCCCUGAUGACUCUGGUGCUGUACAGAAAAAGUCCAGAAAAGAAAGGAAAUCAGUGCGAUUCGCGGUUGAAGAGGUGCACAUAGGAUGAUGUAUAUGUCAUUCCUGGUAGAGGGGUCACAUGAUUGAUGAACAUGAAAUAAAAAAAAACCAUUACGUGCAAAGAGGAUAUCUAGGUUCUAUAACAUAUCUAAGUUUCUGAAAUUUAUUAUUAUGACUGUUUGAAAAUAAUUAGAUCGCGCCAUUUAGUUUUGAUUACGACCUGUGUCAAAUGAAUAUUGGUUAAAUCUUGAUGUGGACUUGUCAAAUGGAAAUGAGUGAUUUUAAGCACUAGCACCAGGAACACGUAAGGAUGAAUCUUUUACAACACGGAUAUUUCAAUAGAGGAAAACGCCAUCAUUUUCCGAAUGUUUUUAAUUCUGUAAUCAUCUCGCUUAGGUUCAUUACAGAAAAAACAUCUUUCUGAACUUGAACUUGAACUGAAAAAGUAGUUUGAGCAGUAAUUCCAUUUUCGAUGUAACUCCUUUUAACUUAACUUAAUAUGUAAUUAAUUGAACUUUAUGGUAUUUCUAAACUAUUUUUAGUAACACCUGUGUUAAUUUUCAAAAGUCAUUUCAAAUUAACAUAGGUGUUACUCUAAAUAGUUUAGAAAUAUCAUAAAGUUCAAUUAAUUAACUUUAUGAUAUUUUUAAACUAUUUAGAGUAACACCUAUGUUAAUUUGAAAUGACUUUUUAAAAUAUGAAUACAAUCUAAUCUGUAUUCAUUACUCUCUAAACCAAUGCAUGGUAAUCAGCAUACGACUACAGUCUGUAACAGUCAUUGCAUUGGUACAACAUCACGUCAAUUUUCUAAUUGAGUCAUUACAGUUUAUGUUUGGGAUAGCAUGUAACGUGGUACUCAGGGCUGAAAAUAAUUGUAUCUAAAUAAAUGGAGUAAAAUAUUAAACGUGGAAAAUGCCGAAAACUUCACCAAGAUGUGAUAACAAAUGAGUAAUCAUAUUUUAAACGUUAGAAAUAUUUUGUGAAAACAUAUGCACGUCAUCAAAAAUAUUCAUUAGUUGGGCUGAUGAUGUCACAUCCCCACUUU